AUGGCUUCAACUUUUCUCAGAGUCUCCCUCCUCUUCAUCUUCAUCUUCAUCUUCAUCGGCUUCAACAGCACAGGUACGAUCAACACACACCUGAGAGAUCUACACACACACCUGAGAGAUCUAUACACACACCUGAGAGAUCUACACACACACCUGAGAGAUCUACACACACACCUGAGAGAUCUACACACACACCUGAGAGAUCUACACACACACCUGAGAGAUCUACACACACACCUGAGAGAUCUACACACACACCUGAGAGAUCUAUACACACACCUGACUGAUCUUGUGUGUUUCUCAGAUGGAUCAAUGGAAGUUGCGUUGGACCGUUGUGUGUUUAACUCCACUGAUCCAGACGACAUCGAGUACAUCUACUCUCAUUACUACAACGGGCUGGAGUACACCAGGUUCAGCAGCAGUGUGGGGGAGUUUGUUGGAUACACUGAGUACGGGGUGAAGCAGGCAGAGCGCUGGAACAAGGAUCCUUUACAAAUAAACACCAGGAGAGCUCAGAAGUCCACAAUCUGUCAACACAACAUUGACAUUUGGUACCGAGCGAUGCUGACCAGAUACCGUGAGUUUGUGUUUCAGUGACGUCACUCAGCACCACUUCAUCACUGUAUUGAUUAAGUGAUUGAUUGAUAAACUGAUAAUAUUCCUAUUUCUACACGAACAUAUUUUAAAACUGACAGUCACAGCUGGGCUGAAGGAUGGUCUUUAAUUAUCAGCUCCUUAAUUAUUAUCUUCUUUCAUUAUUAUCUUCUAUAAUUAUAAUAUUUUAUUAUUAGCUCCUUUAAUUAUCAGCUUCCUUAAUUAUUAUCUUCUAUAAUUAUAAUCUUCUAAUUAUCAUCUUCCUUAAUUAUCAUCAUCUUCAAUUAAAUUCAUUUUUUAUCAUCUUUUUUAACUAUCACCACUUUUAAUUAUCAUCUUCUUUUAUUAUCAGUUUCUUUGAUUAUUAGUUUUUUUAAUCAUCAGCUUUUUAAAAUGUCUUCUUCUUUUAAAACCAUCUUCUAUUAUUAUCAUCCUCUUUAAUUAUCUGCUCUAAUUAUCAUCUUCGUUAAGUAUCUUUUUUAACUAUCAUCCUUAUAUAUCAUUCUCUUUCAUCAUUAUCUUCAACUUCUUUAACGAUAAUCUUUUAUCAUUUUCUUUAAUUAUUUUCUUUGAUUAUAAUCUUUAAUUAUUUUUUUCAAUUAUGAUCUUUAAUUAUUUGUUCCUUUUAUUAUCAAUCAAUUAUCUUCUUUAAUUAUCUUCUCCGAUUAUCAUCCUCUUAAAUUAUCAUCAUUAUCAUCACCUUUUUAAUGAUCAUCUUCUUUAAUCCUCACCUUUAAUGAUCUUCGUUAAUUAUCAUCAUCUUUGAUUAUCAUCUUCUAAUUAUCCACUUAUAUUAUCAUUUUUAAUUAUCACUACCUUUUAAAUUAUCGUCUUCUUUAAUUAUCAUCCUCUUUCAUCAUCAUCUUUUAUUAUCCUCUUUAAUUAUCUUCUUUAAUUAUCAUCAUCUUUAAUGAUCGUCUCUAAUCGCUCAUCUCCUUUAGUCCUGCCUCUGACUCCUCUCUGAUUGGAUGAGUUUUUCUUGAUAUCUGACUCAGACUAACUCUUCGGUGUCUUUUCUUCGUUCCUCACAGGUGUCCGUGUUGACCCCUCAGUAAAGUCAGUGUUUCAGAUCUGUGGGGUUUCUCAGCUACAUGAUCAUGUUCUGCUCCUGUAGUUCUUGUUUAUCCUGACUGUGUAUGCUGCAGCUGAGCCCCACGCCAGGCUGCACUCUGAGGCGCCCUCUGGUGGUGGACAUCCUGCCGUGCUGGUCUGCAUCGUCUACGACUUCUACCCCAAACAUAUCAAAGUGACCUGGAAAAGAGACGGGAAGGAGGUGACCUCUGGGGUCACUUCCACUGAUGAGAUGGCAGACGGAGACUGGUACUACCAGAUCCACUCCCACCUGGAGUACACACCCAAGUGAGUCCACAUCCAGGUUUGGGAGAUGUGAGUCUGACCCCAUAGACCAGGUCUCUUGAGUAUCACAGAACCUCUGAUGUGGUUUUUUUGUUGGAGCAGGUCUGGAGAGAAGAUCAGCUGUGUGGUGGAGCACAUCAGCCUGAAGGAGCCGCUGGUCGUGGAAUGGGGUAAAGACCUGUCCAUCCUACACCUGUUCAUCUGUUCAUCUGUUCAUCUGUUCACCUGCUCAUCUGUUCACCUGUUCAUCUGUUCACCUGUUCAUCUGUUCACCUGUUCAUCUGUUCAUCUGUUCAUCUGUUCACCUGUUCAUCUGUUCAUCUGUUCACCUGUUCAUCUGUUCACCUGUUCAUGUGUUCACUUGUUCAUCUGUUCACCUGUUCAUCUGUUCACCUGUUCAUCUGUUCAUGUGUUCACCUGUUCAUCUGUUCAUCUGUUCAUCUGUUCAUCUGUUCACUUGUUCAUCUGUUCACCUGUUCAUCUGUUCAUCUGUUCAUCUGUUCAUCUGUUCAUCUGUUCACCUGUUCAUCUGUUCAUCUGUUCACCUGUUCAUCUGUUCACCUGUUCAUGUGUUCACUUGUUCAUCUGUUCACCUGUUCAUCUGUUCACCUGUUCAUCUGUUCAUGUGUUCACCUGUUCAUCUGUUCAUCUGUUCAUCUGUUCACCUGUUCAUCUGUUCACUUGUUCAUCUGUUCACCUGUUCAUCUGUUCAUCUGUUCAUCUGUUCACCUGUUCACCCUUUCACCUGUUCAUCUGUUCAUCUGUUCACCUGUUCACCUGUUCAUCUGUUCAUCUGUUCAUGUGUUCACCUGUUCAACUGUUGACCUGUUCAUCUGUUCAUCUGUUCACCUGUUCAUCUGUUCAUCUGUUCAUCUGUUCAUGUGUUCACCUGUUCACCUGUUCAUCUGUUCAUCUCUUCACCUGUUCACCUGUUCAUCUGUUCAUCUGUUCAUGUGUUCACCUGUUCAACUGUUGACCUGUUCAUCUGUUCAUCUGUUCACCUGUUCAUCUGUUCAUCUGUUCAUCUGUUCAUCUGUUCAUCUGUUCACCUGUUCAUCUGUUCACUUGUUCAUCUGUUCACCUGUUCAUCUGUUCAUCUGUUCACCUGUUCACCUGUUCACCUGUUCACCCGUUCACCUGUUCACCUGUUCACCUGUUCACCUGUUCACCUGUUCACCCUUUCACCUGUUCACCUGUUCAUCUGUUCAUCUGUUUACCUGUUCAUCUGUUCAUGUGUUCACCUGUUCACCUGUUCACCCUUUCACCUGUUCACCUGUUCAUCUGUUCACCUGUUCACUUGUUCAUCUGUUCAUGUGUUCACCUGUUCACCUGUUCACCUGUUCAUCUGUUCACCUGUUCAUCUGUUCACCUGCUCACCUGUUCAUCUGUUCACCUGUUCACUUGUUCAUCUGUUCAUGUGUUCACCUGUUCACCUGUUCAUCUGUUCAUCUGUUCAUCUCUUCACUUGUUCACCUUCCUCUCACCUGUCUGUCCUCAGACCCGUCCAUGCCUGAGUCUGAGAAGAACAAGAUCGCCAUCGGGGCCUCAGGACUGAUCCUGGGUCUGAUCUUAUCUCUGGCUGGAUUCAUCUACUUCAAGAGCAAGUCCAGAAGUAAGACCACUACACCAUAGUCUUAGACCAGUUAGACCAGUACACCAUAGUCUAAGACCAGUUCAGACCAGUACACCAUAGUCUAAGACCAGUACAGACCAGUACACCAUAGUCUAAGACCAGUACACCAUAUUCUAAGACCAGUACACCAUAGUCUGAGACCAGUUCAGACCAGUACACCAUAGUCUGAGACCAGUUCAGACCAGUACACCAUAGUCUGAGACCAGUUCAGACCAGUACACCAUAGUCUUAGACCAGUACACCAUAGUCUAAGACCAGUACAGACCAGUACACCAUAGUCUAAGACCAGUACACCAUAGUCUAAGACCAGUACAGACCAGUACACCAUAGUCUUAGACCAGUACACCAUAGUCUAAGACCAGUACACCAUAGUCUUAGACCAGCACACCAUAGUCUUACUGAACUGGUUUAGACCAGUUUAACAGCUGUGGGGUCCGUGUCUCUCUAUGAUCUUCUUCUUCAUUUUCUCCAUUUGUAGGAAGGACUUUGGUUCCCCAGACUGACUGA